UUAAAUACACAUGAAAGAAAGAAAGAUUUCAGAGUUUGUUUCAUGUCAAUCUUUUUUACUGUUAGGCUAGAAUCGCUAUCGGCACAACCAGAUGCAAUCGACUGGGCAUUUUAUAAACAGCAUGUUUCAAAACCUGGUUUGGUGGAUGCAUUUGAGAAGUCUGUAAGUGAAGAGAUUGAAAUAUAUAUUACGACUUCACAAGCAUUUUGCAAAUUACAUUUUUGUCCAAUGCUUGUUCUGUAUUAUAGUUUGCGGCAGUGAAAGUACCAUACCCAGAAGAUACGAGCUCUGCUGCUAUUCUUCAAGAAGAAAAAGAGUUUGUAAGUAUACUUGCCUCAACUGAGGAUAACGUUUGGGCCUACAAGUCUCCAUGGAGUCUUGUGAUGCUUGAGGAAAGCUACCAAAUGGGUUGUUCCUGAAAAGAUCAACACUCUCCCCAUGGAGGAAAUUUCUGCCGUGGGGAAAGUGUAGAUGUUUUGUGAAAUAACCCAAUACACCUUUCUGGAAAGUACGCCACUUUGGCUAUAGAGCCUCUUUUUUCGUGUAUGGAACAUUAGUUAAAGCAUAACAUGUCAAUCGUGAAACCACGGGUGAAACAAAGCUCUAUGGCCAAAGAUGCAUGACAUACUUUCUGGAAACGUGUAUUUAGCUUGAAAAUCUACCAGGUAACAAUUAAGAAAUCAAUGCCUGAUUUUCCCCAAGGAUUGCAAGACUUCACAUAGGCUUGGGUUACAAGAUUGACAGUCUAAUGAUCAGGCAUUAACCCUUUUAUAAGUGGCAAUGUGCCCUAAUAUUUUACUGUCUAAGCCAGACAAGUGUUGGCACUUAAUGGGUUAAAAUAUUUGUUAUCCAUGUAUGAAUUAUUCUGACUUCUGUUUGUGUCGUAGGAUAAGAAAUGUGUUGAAGUUAUGCAAGAAACAAAUACCAACAUUGCCAACCUCAAAGAAGAAGUAUGCUUUGGAAAAUAAUAUUGUGAUUUACUAUAUGGACAUUUUUGUAAAUGAAUAUAUAAAUUGAGUAAAUCUCUCUACUUUGUAGCUGGCUCAACUAAAAGCGUUAAAACCUUUCGAGGAAAUGACGGUAAGCAAGGCAUCUAAGGACGAACAUUCAUGAGAGAAAUAUAUGUCUGUUCAAGGCACAAUUUGUUUCAAAAUGUAGUCUACACAGCCAUCACAACUAAUAAUAUUCAAUUCUUCUAUUUAUAGUCGGAUGAAUAUCUUGCUGAUAAGCCUGAUCUACGUAAACAACUGGAUGAUGAAUUCAAGAGCUUUAUAUAUAAAUAGAUAUGUUGUGAACGUGUUAUUGUUUUGAAGUUGGCUGUUUGUUGAAUAUAUAUUAAAAUUUU